GAGUCAAGUUCGGGUCAGCAAGUCUGGGUCGAGUCGGGUCGAUUUGUGUUUCUGGUCAAAAUCAGGUCAGCACUUCGGGUCAAGUUUGGGUCGGGUCAAGUUUGGGUCAGGUCAAGUUCGAGUUGUGUCAAUUCGGGUCGGGUAUGUUCGGGUCUGGUCAAUUUUAAGAUCAAUUUUCGGAUCAAUUUUGGGUCGGGUCAAUUUCGGAUCGAGUCAAUUCGAAUCGGGGCUAUUCCGGUCAAGCUUGUGUCGAGUCAACAAAAUAAAUUCACUUUAAAAAAAAUUGUUGGAAAAAUAAAGUAAAAUCGUUAAAAAAAAUAAAAAAUCAUGAGUACCUAUUACGUAGGAAAUAAAGAAGCCCUAAACUAAGUAAUUCGCUAUUUCACCCUAUUAACUUAGGAUUCGGGUCGGGUCACCACGGGUCGGGUCGAUUCGGGUCAAUCGGUUUGGGUUAAAAUCGGGUCGGUUCACUUUGGGUUUCGGGUCAUUUCGGGUCGGGUCAAAUUCGGGUUUUGGAUCAAUUUCGGGUCAGGUCAUUUGGGUCGAGUCACUUCAAGUCAUCGGGUCAUGUUCGGGUCAAAUCUAUUUCGGGUCGAUUCGGGUUAGUUCGGGUUCAGGUCAUUUUUUAGUCAAUUUUCGGGUUAUAGGUAAGGUCAUUCGGGUCAGGUCAAUUAGUUCGGGUCAGGAUUGUCAGAUCUACUCUCUAUUACGCAUAAUAAAAUGACGAAAAUUCAUACACCAUGUGCAUGUGCAUCCUUCCGCCGCUUCCAAUUUUCUAUUUUUUUUUUUCUUGGAAACCUCCCAAUUCUUAAUUAUUUAUUCCUUCUUACUCCGUAUUUCUUUUCCUUGUUACACCAGAAUCACCGGAAAAAGUCAUCCCAGAAAACAAAACUAAAUUUUAAAAAAAAAUGAAGAAAGAUUUCCCGAUUAUCAAAUAAUGACACUGAAAACUCUUCCGGUAAUCUUCCAACCACAACAAUCUUCAUCGUCUUCGAUAUUAUCCCCAUUUUCAUGGCUUUUUCUCAACUGUCGUCGCCGAUUCAUCUUCCUUACCAUUUGUUCACCACUUUUACUCCCUCUUCUCUGUCUAUUGUUUCCCGUCAUUUGUCUCUGUCAACUGUAUUUCUGUCUCUGCCGCCGUCAUCGGCGCCUGCGCCGGAGAUAUGACGCCGGAUUACGGCGGUGUGAGGAAGGAAGAGGAGGAGAGAUAGUGGAAGUUAACGAAGAUGAUGAGGAGAGAGAAUUAGGGUGGAUGUUGUUGCAGAGGUAUUUGGAAGAUCAAUUAGGGCUUGUUGGAUCUGUGAUUUCUGUUUAUGAUUGUGGCGAUGAUGAUGAUGAUGAUGAUGAUUUUGAUAUUGAUCGUCAUCAACAUAUUCCUGAUGAUACCAGAACACCUUUUCUGAAUUAAUUUGAAGUUUUUUAUUUUUAUUUUUAGGAUUAAAAAAAAAAAAUUGACAUUGGUAUACUGUAAUAGGAGUGAACUGUUAAACAUCGCCCGCAAAUUCCUACAUAAAGCCCACAAAAUAAGAGUGAAAUG